UAGUACGAUUACGGUUGUGUUGCAAGAUUAUUAUUAGAUAUUAAAGUGCACAUUUUAGAAAUUAGAAAAGAAAUUUAACAAGUUUAUACUUAAUAAAGUAAAGGAAGGAUUGAACGAAACUGAGAAAGAUGAAGUAUCACAAACACGCCAGUGAUGCCGUAUUUUGGUAUCUGAAUGAGUUGGGAAGUCGCGUGGUCGCUAACACAGGCAUUCCCUCUGACAGACAUCACAUGGGCAAACUCAUCCUGCAGAGCCUUAAAGAUGCUCCCGAGUUCAUUAUGCAGAUUGACGGCGGUACAGGUGAAACAGACACAUUUCAAGAUGCACUGGAAAAAUCAGUUGGAUGUGCGAAUGCUUUCCGAACAAUAGGUUUGCAUGCUAAUGACGUCAUAGUUGUAAUGGCACCCAACUUCACUAACCUACCCAUAUCCAUUUAUGCUGCUUUCUACUUAGGAAUAAUCGUCGCCGGUGUUGACAGUACACUUGGAAUCAUGGAAUUAGAAGAAACAUUUAAAUUAAGAUUACCAAAAGUAAUAUUCUGUGAAAAGGAAAGAGAAGAAGAUGUUGCAGAAGCAUUGAGAAACAUAAAAUUGAAUGUUAAAAUUGUGACGUAUAAUAAAAGUGAAAAGAACAUCAGCUUUGUAGAGUUUAUUGAAAAAUAUGGCAGCGGUACAACCGUGGAUGAAUUCAAACCUGCAGAUCUUGACCCGGUGGAACAAUUAUGUUUUCUUGCUCCUACAAGUGGUACGACUGGAACACCCAAAUGUGCUGCACUCACUCAUACAAACUUAAUGAUUGGUGUUCCUUACGUUUGGAUAUAUACUUCUAAUUUCCCCACACCAAUAGAGAGAGCAUUAGUUGUUUCGCCCGUUCAGUGGCUCUCUGCAAUAUUUAGUUUCAUUCUAUCACCGAUGUUGAGAUUUACUCGAAUACAAACAUCUCUGCCUCUAACGACCGAGCACACUUAUUUCCUAAUCAACAAGUAUAAGCCUUCAUAUAUGAUGCUUAGUCCCACAUUGAUGACGACUCUGUUAAAUCCUGAAGAAAGAUAUAAAUGUGACUUUACAAGUUUCAAGGUCAUAAUGUUAGCAGGAAGCGCGGUAACACAGACACUUCUUGAAUGUUUAAAGAACGUGGUGAUUAAUGCUGAGGUAUACAUCGGUUACGGAUUAAGUGAAGUAACAAGCUUCGCUUUGAACCCAGUCUCUGUCUAUCCAGGUUCUAUAGGCAGACCAUUGACACAUUUUCAAUACAGAUUAGUUGAUCCAAAUACCCAGGAAGAUAUCUGCGAACCAAAUGUAACCGGCGAGCUUUGGUUGAAAGGGCCAUCUUCUUUUAAGGGUUACUACAACAAUCCUCAAGCGACAGCAGAAAUAUACACUGAAGAUGGUUGGAUAAAGUCAGGUGACCUUCUAUACAGGGACGAGAACUGGAACUUCUUUUACGUCGAGCGUUUGAAGAUGCUACUCAAAUAUCGCAAUCACCACAUAUCGCCUACCGAAGUAGAAUCGGUGAUCAUUAAACAUCCAGGCGUACAGGACGUGGCGGUCACGGGGAUCCCAGAUGAUGAAUUUGGGGACCUGGUCGUCGCCUGCGUCGUGCCCCAAAACAACACAACACUCACUGCACAGGAGAUCAAAGACUUGGUUAAAGAAUCACUAGCGGACACCAAACAGCUGAGAGGAGGAGUUAUUUUCAUGAAGCAAUUUCCUUUGACUUCGUCUUCAAAAGUGAACAGAGCCGUGCUGAAGAAGAUUGUUAGAGAUAUGAAGAGAGAAUAGAUAAUUCAUAAAAAUAAGCCAGGAUGAAUAAAGAUAAAAGAAGAAAAACAUCUAAAUUUACUUAUU